AUACUAGCGGCAUAGGGGCAUUGGGCUGCUGAUGAUGCAUGGGCAGUCUUUCAAUCGGCGAAAUAUUUUGGACGAAGCUCUACUACGUACCUAGUUGGAGUUUUUAUAACAAUGUCCGCUGAAAUGCAAGCUGAAGAGCUGGAGGUUUUAAGGUCCAUAUAUGAAGGAGACCCAUCUUAUAUUGAAGUUGAUGAGAAGACCUUUCAGUACAAGUAUGGGGAAGACGGUGACAUUAAAUCAUUUCUGGUGGAAGUAAAGUGGACUGAAAAUUACCCUGAUGAACUACCCAACAUCAACCUUGAUGCUUUCUAUAACAAACACAUCCUGCCGGCGGUGAAGGAGCACGUGGUGGACCAGGUGCGCCAGCAGGCGGACACCAUGCUCGGCAUGUCGAUGACGUUCACCCUGUUCGAGUGGGUGAAGGAGAGCGUGACCGAGCUGAUGGCGGAGCAGACGGCCGCGCCGCCCGUCAGCCAGGCCACUGAGGAGGUGGAGCAGCUCACCAUCACGCAGGAGGGCGGCGGCGUCAAGAAGGAGAAGAAGGAGCAGCUGUCCAAGCAGCAGAAGCGACGCGCCUGGGACCGCGCGCAGGUGGGCGGCGGCGGCGAGCGCGCCCGCGGCUGGGACUGGGUGGACAUCAUCCGACACCUGUCCCAGACGGCGCCCAGCUAACGGCGGGCCGUCCACCGGGCCGUCCUGGGCUCCCCUACCGUCCCCGCUCACACUCACAGAGAGACCGACUAGCCAGGCCCCUACCGUCCCCGCUCACACUCAGAGAAACCGGCUAGCCAGUCCCACGUGACACCAAACGACGAUAUUUCGAUCGGGUAUUGAUGUGGCCAGAGCUUUAGCGGAGGCUUGUCGAAGCAACGACUAUUUUCUACUAGAGUUCGUCCCGGGUUGGUGGCGUUUCAGGUGUGGGAAACAUAUAUUUCUGACCACAAAUCGUCAGAUGGUAAGAGUUUCGGCGAUUGUUUCACCUUCUGGCAAAAGAGACAAACUGAGUGCUUUUGUGACCACAUUGAAUAACGAUGGGAAGCGGGCGGCACCGGCGCUGUGGGAUCCAAAUGUGAUGCAAAGUGUUGUUGUGUGUAGUGUUGUUUUCAUUGGUAGUGAACUGACGGGUCAGAGGCGCUGUCAUACGUGCUUGCGUGACGAGAAGCAGCGCCGAAGAGGUAUCUGGAAGCAUGGUUUGCCAACUAGGAACAAUGUUGUCACUCGGGACGGGCUCGUUGUCAGGCUCCGUUUCCAUCGUUUGUCUGUUCCGGUAUUGCAUCCGGUUUGUUCCAUCUGCCUUCAGAUCCUAACGACCUCCUUCAGUUGCUUUAGUUGCCUGGUUUUCGCUAAAGGAUGCGUUGAAUCGCACGUCGAAGAUUUGUCAUUCUUCCUCCUAUUGAUUGCCGAGAUUCGGGUAAAAGAUUGGUUUUUCGUCUGCAUUUUGUUUUGAGACUUUCUGGUUUCUCCUAAUACCUUCUGCUCAUACUUCUUCCCAGCAAUCAUAUACAUUUUUCACUUCUAAAAAAAUGUAUACACUCAUCACUACUUGCUGGAGCAUAUUUUUCGACACAUGCUGCCCGACCCUCCGGCUUUCUGCGACGUAAUAAACUGUAGUGUUGCACAAUGAUCGACCAUGAAAGGUUUCGCUGUCUUCCGGCUCAUAAUUCGCCAAGAGCAACUCAAUGCUUUUACCGGGAUUUUAAGCUCUCUGCUAUUAUAGUAUUUGCCACGGUGACUAUAUUUGCAUUUUUCGAGAUGAUACGCUGAUCACGAUUGCUGACAAUACAUAUGGUGAUACUUGUUAGUA